GUUAGAGUCAGUAUAUAGUUAUUUAUUUAUUAUAGUUAUAUUAGUUUUAAUUAGUUUACUGUUUAGCAAAAAUGAUUAAAACUAGCUUGUUGUUAACGUUAGUAUGCAUUGGUCUAUCAAACUGUGUAAAAGACCCGAAAGUUGUUUGCUAUUAUGAGAGUUGGUUUGCCUAUCCCGAUAGCCAUGGCAAAGGUACCAUGGACAUUAAGGAUAUUGACAGCUCAGCCUGCACACAUAUAGUAUACGGGUACCUGGGUGUCACCAGCAGUGCCGAUGUCAGUGUAAUAGACACGACACUAGUUACUCAAUAUCAUCAAUUCGACAAUCUGCUCAAAUACAAGGGCGCCGACAAGGUGCUGGUGGCCCUCGGUGGGUUCAACCACGCGGCUGAACUCAAGUACGCCGUCCAGAACCCCACCAUUUUCUCGUCAAACGUACAGUCAUUCCUCAAGAAAUACAGUUUCGAUGGCAUUGUCAUCGAGUGGUCGGCCAACGCCUGGAGCGCCGAAUACAUGAAAGAUUAUAUCACUCUAUUGGCUCACCUCAAGACUGACUUCGCGGGCAAAUACGUGUUGGGGUCGAUCGUGGCCGCUGAACAGCCUGGCUAUGACAUCAAGGGUGUUGCCGAAAAUGUGGACUUUGUGUCGGUACAAACAUUUGACUAUCACGGCUCGUGGAACACUGAAGUUGGCCAUGGUGCUGCCCUCGAGGACAUUGAACGCUCAAUGAACAGGUGGGCCGACUCGCUCAAUGCCGACCUAUAUAGCAGACUAUUGAUCACCCUGCCAUUCUACGGACACACCUGGAUCUUGUUGGACCCGAAAGAGCAUGACAUCGGCGCCAAGGCUAAGACCACUGGCCAGCCUGUGGGACCAUUCACUCAACAACCCGGCAAAUACGCUUACAACGAGGUCCUCCUAAAAAUCAAGGACUCACCCACCGGUUGGAGCAAGGUCGAGGACACCAAGGCUGGAGGUACCUAUUUUUACAAGGACGAUUUGUGGAUCUCGGUUGAGGACGAGGCUAACGUCAAACAAAAGACUAACUGGGCUACCAGUACCGGGUUCGGUGGCGUCGCGGUUCAGGCCAUAAAUAACGACGACUUUAACGGUUUGGUCGGUAAGAAACACCCGCUGCUGACCGCCGUCAACGACGGUCUCAAUAAAGACCCCAUUGUUAUACACAAGACCACGACCUCCUCGCCCAUUGUGACCCCUGACCCCCACGCUAUUUGCCAGAAGGAGGGUUGGGUGAAGGACCCCACGGACCCCUGUACUACCUAUCAUCACUGUAUUGAGUUUAUGCCCACCAUUUUCACCGAUGAGGUGCACCAUUGUGAGAAAGGUAAAACUGCCUACGAUGAGGUUACUCACGAUUGCAUUGACCAUACUAAAGUACCCGGUUGUUAAAUUUAACACAAUCGUGCAACGCAACCUAGUGGUUGAUUUUUUAACUACAUAUUACAUACACUAUGUCAUUAGUUCAAAAGUUGUUUGCUAAUCACUGUACAAAUGUAUUAAAAACUAGCGUAC